CGUACGAACACACAGUUCUGAUUGCUUCGUUUUGCUCAAAAAAAAUGAGAUUUGCAAGCUUUUGCGUCCUGUUGGCCCAGCUGGCAGCAUCUCCAGUCUACUCUGUCCGCGUGUUCGUGAGCUUCGGUCAUUCCCUCACUCUUCCCUGCCAUGGAGCCCCCAGCAGGAAUGUGGAUUGGUUGUUUCAGCAGGAUGAGCUUCCUGACUGGCUGCAUGUGGCCAAACUCCACACCCGAGGCAUUUGCUCUGGAAGCGGCUUCCAGGGACGGGUGGAAUCCUUCCACCUAACAGACCCGGGAAACUACAGCCUCAACCUCAGUCCCGUGGUGUACAGUGACCUCGGCAUUUAUAAAUGCCAGUACUACAAUGAUGAGAUCAUUCUCUCAGUUGUGAAACUACAAAUUAGAGUCCCAUCAAAUGUUUCCAUAGCAAUGGGAAUGUCCGCCAGUCUUCCUUGCUUUGCGAACAUUAAUUCACAAGCGCGUGCUGGUGAUCUGGAUAUCCUCUGGAAGAGAGGUGGAGAGAAAGUUUACCAGCUCCUUAAGAACACCGUCACAUAUGGGCUCGGGUUCGAGAACAGAACUUCAGUUUCCCGAGAACAAGCCCUCUAUGGAAACAUGUCUUUAACCAUCGGACAGACACAGUUUUCAGAUGCAGGCGACUACCAGUGCUUCUACAGCAGUCCUAAAGAGAGGGGGAAUCCAGAUUCUGCCAGUCUCGUUGUGACAGGCCACCCACCCCAGAACCUUACAGUGAAGGCCGGUGGUUUGCUCUCCAUACCGCUCUAUACCGCAGACCCAGUGAGGGUAACAUUCAGUGCAGGCCUUGGUUCAGAUGAGGUGCUGAUGCUCGAUGCAAAUAAAGGCCCAGCCAGGUAUGGGGAGCGUUGUGCUCAGAGAUGUGAGCUUCUGGCCCAGAACUACACCCUUUUGCUGAGGAGUGUGACACUGGAGGAUGCCGGAGUCUACAAGGUGACCGAUCCUGAGACCAAGAAGACCAUCGGCUCUGUCUCUCUGCGAGUCUCAGCCCAGCUAGCAGCAUCUCCAGUCUACUCUGUCCGCAUGUUUGUGAGCUUCGGCCAUUCCCUCACUCUUCCGUGCCAUGGAGCCCCCAGCAGGGAUGUGGAUUGGUUGUUUCAGCAGGAUGAGCUUCCUGACUGGCUGCAUGUGGCCGAACUCCACAGCCAAGGCUUUUCCUCUGGAAGCGGCUUCCAGGGACGGGUGGAAUCCUUCCACCUAACGGAGCCGGAAAACUACAGCCUCACCCUCAGUCCCGUGGUGUACAGUGACCUCGGCAUUUACAAAUGCCAGUACUACAAUGAUGAGAUCAUUCUCUCAGAUGUGAAACUACAAAUUAGAGUCCCAUCAAAUGUUUCCAUAGCGAUGGGAAUGUCCGCCAGUCUUCCUUGCUUUGCGUACAUUAAUUCACAAGCGCGUGCUGGUGAUCUGGAUAUCCUCUGGAAGAGAGGUGGAGAGAAAGUUUACCAGCUCCUUAAGAACACCGUCACAUAUGGGCCCGGGUUUGAGAACAGAGCUUCAGUUUCCCAAGAACAAGCCCUCUAUGGAAACAUGUCUUUAACCAUCAGACAGACACAGUUUUCAGAUGCAGGCGACUACCAGUGCUUCUACAGCAGUCCUAAAGAGAGGGGGAAUCCAGAUUCUGCCAGUCUCGUUGUGACAGACCACUCACCCCAGAACCUCACAGUGAAAGCCGGUGGUUUGCUCUCCAUACCGCUCUAUGCCGCAGACCCAGUGAGGGUAACAUUCAGUGCAGGCCUUGGUUCAGAUGAGAUGCUGAUGCUCGAUGCAGAUAAAGGCCCAGCCAGGUAUGGGGAGCGUUGUGCCCAGAGAUGUGAGCUUCUGGCCCAGGAAUACACCCUUUUGCUGAAGAGUGUGACACUGGAGGAUGCCGGAGUCUACAAGGUGACCGAUCCUGAGACUAAGAAGACCAUCAGCUCAGUCUCUCUGCAAGUCUCAGCCCAGCUGGCAGCAUCUCCAGUCUACUCUGACCGCAUGUUUGUGAGCCUCGGCCAUUCCCUCACUCUUCCGUGCCAUGGAGCCCCCAGCAGGGAUGUAGAUUGGUUGUUUCAGCCAUAUGAUCGUACUGACUGGGUGCUUGUGGUCGAAAUCCACACACAAGGCUUUUCCUCUGGAAAUGGCUUCCAGGGACGGGUGGAAUCCUUCCACCUAACAGAGCCGGGAAACUACAGCCUCACCCUCAGUCCCGUGGUGUACAGUGACCUCGGCAUUUACAAAUGCCAGUACUACAAUGAUGAGAUCGUUCUUUCAGAUGUGAAACUAGAAAUUAUAGACCACCCACCCCAGACCCUCACAGUGAAGGCCGGUGGUUUGCUCUCCAUACCGCUCUAUACCGCAGACCCAGUGAGGGUAACAUUCAGUGCAGGCCUUGGUUCAGAUGAGGUGCUGAUGCUCGAUGCAAAUAAAGGCCCAGCCAGGUAUGGGGAGCGUUGUGCUCAGAGAUGUGAGCUUCUGGCCCAGAACUACACCCUUUUGCUGAGGAGUGUGACACUGGAGGAUGCCGGAGUCUACAAGGUGACCGAUCCUGAGACCAAGAAGACCAUCAGCUCUGUCUCUGUGCACGUCUCAGCCUCUGCGGGACGCUCUGCUGGAGCAGUGGCUGGGAUAGUGGUGGGAGUGAUGGUGUUGCUGCUGGCUCUGGCUGGCAGUGCCUUUGCAGUCUGGAACUUCUUCAUGAAGAGAGCAAACCCUGAAAAGGAAAUUAGUUUCUCUUAAGGUUCCAACAGGAGAGCAGCAUGCGUUCUGUUUCCUGACAGCCCUGAACCCCCUCUCUCUGUGUCCUGCAGGGCAGUUGUAAGUUCUUUCUCUGCAGCCCUCUCUCUGAGGGCUCAAGUGCUUUAUUUUUGUAUAAGCCCCCAAAUGAACCUGUGUCUGUUACUUUCAAUAUUCCAGCACUAACAAGGCCGCUCCAUUCACACCAGCGAAUGGAGGAAAGUCAAAUUGAAUAAUUAGCAAAUACAAUUCAAAUAUCCAACAGGUGUGAAAAACUCAAAGUGAGUGCAGGCUAUUAGAAUAUUACAGUAUUAUAGUUCCCUAGCCUGUACGUCUUAAAAAUAAUUCUUCAUCUUCUCGUAACCUGAACCUAAAGUAACCAUGUUUGGUAUGGGUAUAGUUUAAUACUCACAACAAAGGUUGGGGUACAAAGUAUAUCCACCUUUCUUGCAUUGCUAAAUAAUUAUCCAACUAGAUCAAAAUUUAAUAAAUAUUUACCAAUGUUACUGAAGCCCGCCGCACAAUGGGAGAGGCGGAUGUGAUAUGAAGAUGUGCCCUCCGAACAGCCAAUGACAGCUCAGACCGCGCUCUCCCGGUCAAGUUUUUAAGUCAAUGACCAUGGAGGCCACCCUUCUUCUUUUUCAAAUUUUUCCUUUUACCUCCGUACCCGACCCGUGGCACACGUUGAUUUUUAGGAAGCUACCUAGCCUCUGUCCCGGUGCGGUGUUGCCAAUCAAACUGGCCUGUCCCAAGCUGCAUUUUCCAGCUUUGAAUUUACCGCAUGCUGCCUCAGCUGGGUCUCAGGGAUCACUUUCUCCUCCCAAUUCCCUCUAAUUUUAAGUGUUGAAGUUGAUAAAGGGUGAUCUCCAGUUAUUCUGUGCGUAAUACCACACGUGUUGUUUACGGCAUUGUCGCCCUUUUUAGUACAGUCUGACUUGAUUGACAAUUUAUUUAUUCAGUAGGCGAGAGUAUAAGCUUUCUAACGAUGUAUAAUGUCUAUUUUGCUUUUGGAAUAGCGUUUUUUAGGUCAGCGUAACCGAACAUUUUCUUAUCAUCGCAUUCACUUACGCAUUCACUCUGAGGUACUGGCACUGGAUAGCAGUAAAAGACGCUGAACCUAAUGAAACGUUGUCAACGAUUUCUCGUAAUUUCUUGGAAAAUACUAUUAUUAUUGAAAUACUAUUAUUAUUAUUCUGCGCAUAGCUAAGCCAUAUAUUUGCUGAUAGACCUAUCUGACAUUGUUUUCUGGAGCAGAACAGAAGCAGAUAGAACGGUCAUUGAUUUAGCCUACUGUCUCUGUCUCUAUCUACUGAACACAGAUAAAAUGUCAUCAUUGCUAUGUAAGUAUUACUGCUCAAAAAAAAAUAUUUCGGUUAUAUACGUUAUUUUUGAAAUUGAGUGUCUUUAAAUAGGUCAGUGGUAUUAUAUAAUGUGGAUAUUUCAUACUGCAAUGUAAGCGUUAGUUAGUAGUGAAAAGUUUCCAAGAAAAGAGCUAGCCUACAGUCCAGAACAUGUGUUGACAUUCUUACAGACAUUUGAUUCCAAAUACAACAAUAGACACAAUUGUCUCUUACACGCUAAACAUGUUGCACAUUGCUUCAUAUGCAGACCUAACCUUUUUACUUUGAUAAUGGGUUUAAUAGAAACUUGGAUUUAUUUUGGCAUUGCACUACUGUGUUAAAUAAUAAGACUUC